AUGUCUUGGCGUGAGCUCCUUCCCCCCUGGCUGGUGAUCAUAGCAGGACUGACGGGCAUCGUGCUGCUUUGCGUCUCCACUAAAGAUGUACCCGUCACCCCUCUCAGGACCAAGUACGGCAUUGUUCUGGAUGCUGGUCCAUCCCGCAUUAUCCUGUUCAUUUACCAGUGGACCACCAAGGCAAACAACACCGGGGUGAUCAGGGAAUGCAGCUCCUGUCUCGUGCAAGGUCCGGGAGUCUCCAACUACUCAUAUUCUCCUCACAAAGUAGGGAAGAGCUUGGAGAAAUGUUUGAACUGGGCCCAGGAUGAGAUCCCGGCAGAGCAGCACAGCCAAACCCCGCUCUACUUGGGAGCAACUGCCAGCAUGAGGCAGCUGAACCUCACCCACCCCAUCUUCUCUGAUGGUCUCCUUGCACCCCUGACCGUGGCCCUGAAGUCAUCCCCCUUUGACUUUCAGGGGACAAAAAUCCUGUCCAGUCCAGACAAGGAAGCAUUCAAUUGGGUUGCUGUUAACUAUGUCCUGGAGAACUUCUUCAAGUAUGACUGGCGAGGACAGUUGGUACCCUCCGGGAAGGGGAUGGCAGGAGUCCUGUCUGUGGGAAGAAGCGCAGCACAGCUCACUUCCAAGGUGGAAGAAGAGAACCAGGCACCAAAAGAGGGAGUGAGGCUGCAGCUGUACGGGCAGACGCACAACGUGUACACUCGUCACUGCCCCUGCCAUGGCACGGACCAGCUCCACAGCAGGCUGCUCUCUCUGCUCAUUCAGGACCAGAGAAGUGCUAAAACUGUGUCUAAUCCCUGCUGGCCCUUCUCUUACUCACGGGAGGUGCAGUGGCAAUCAGUGCACACUGGGCCUUGUGCUGUCAGUGAUGACACAUUGGACAUCCCUGGCCCCGAGGAGGUCUUCAACAUCACCGGCUCCAGCAAUCCCACUGCCUGCAUGAGACUUGUGCAAAGCCUGCUCAACUCCUCCUCUUCCUGCAGCUUCUUCGAGCAUCCCCACAGCAGUCUUCCCAACCCCCUCCGGACCAGGUUUCUGGUGAUUUCUGAGGCCACGGACUUCAUGAGAGAAACUGGGCCCUCUCCUGACUUGUAUCAGGCAGUCACCAGGCUUUGUGGGAUGUCCGUCAAAGAGCUGGUCAAGGAGUCCCAGACGAGCCUGGACACACUUGCUGAUUCCUGUCUUGUGUCUGCCUUCAUCUUUCAUCUCAGUACAAAGGGAUACACGUUUGACUUUGACAGCUCUGUUUGGACUGCAUUCCAGAAGAUGGGUGAUUCGCCUUCUGGCUGGACUCUUGGGUACCUGCUGAGCCUGACCAACUCCAUCCCCGAGGGCAGCCCAAGCUUCCUCAAGGGGAUUGAACCAGGGGUCUGGUCUCUGCUCCUUAUCCUCUUUGUCGUGCUGCUCACUGGCUCCUUCAUGCGCAUCUCAUACCGAGUGAUGGUCAAGGAGAACAGCUUCAGUAACAGGAACAGCAGCGUUUUUGAUGACAACUGA